GGGACUUUUAGCCCCAUAUUCACAGCCAUUGGAAUUUACCUGCCUUCAGAUAUCAUGGUUUUCCAAAUUGUGUAACGGAAAGUAAUUAUGAUUACUACUUGGAAGUCCGAGAACUGGGCAACAAUGGAGGGGCAUGCUUUAGGAGACAAAAGGCCCUUUGAAGUUAUGAGUUUCUCUGCAGAUGGGAAACUUGUUUCAAGGCUUCAACGUAUCCAUAUAUCAUGGCUUGGUAGAUUUGCACCUCGACCUUCAGCCCUACCAGGAGGAGGAGAGAUUGUGGGGCCUAUAGCCUUAUCAUCAAGUGAAUUUGCUUCUACAAACAACAAAGCACAGCGUUUCGGACAAGAUAAAAGUGGCUCUGCUGCCUCUGAUUCUAAGAAGAAAAGAACAAGAGAACAAGAAGACUGCGAAGAGAUAAAUACGAGUAUUACUUUAGAUGAUCUUCGACAACAUUAUGGCCGUAAACGUAAAGAUGUUGCGGAGAGCCUUGGCGUUAGUGUAUCCACGCUUAAACGCACUUGUAGGCAGUACGGGAUCAAGCGGUGGCCAAAUAUUAUCAGGAAAAAAGCCGGGAGACCUCCUGAUCAACAUGGAGAAAAGAAUUCAUCACCUACAUGCAAGACGCUGUCAACUAAUGGGCAGAACGAGAUGGAAAAUGAAAUUGUUGGUCACCUUGAGGAGACGAAUGAGUUUCUCCUGGAUUUUGUUGAAGGCCCAAACGGGGGGGUUUCCUCUGAAUGGGCAUUUCAACUAAAAGAUCAAUGGACAGUGUCCACCUCUUAUCCAAAUUCCAAUGAUCCUGAGGUUCCACACGCUCAUAUAGCAUCAACACAGAUCCUAGGUGAGAAUAUGGGAAGUUCAGGAGAUGGGAGAAAUUCUUUUGGUUCACUGGAAGAGCAUCUUCAGCAAGGUCAUAUCUCUGGAUCUAUGUGGACAGUCCCUCCAUGUUCAGAUCCAGCUUCAAGCCAACACAUGCCUACUAGUACCCCCAAAAUGGGAAGUUCAGAAGAUCGAAUAAAUUUGCUAGCUUUCCCAGAAGAUGUUUUUCUAGAGGAAGAUGUCUCUGGAUCUAAGAGGUGGACAAUCCCUACAUGUUUUGAACCAGCUCCGAGCCAACUCAUGCCUACUGUUCCCCGGACGACGGGAAGUUCAGAUGAUUUGAGAAAUUUGUUACCUUCGGUGGAAGAGUGUUUUUCGGCGAGACAUGUCUCUGGAUUUACUAACCGGACAGUCUGUUCCUGUUCAUAUCCAGGUCCGAGCCAACCCAUGUCUACUGUUCCCCACACAACAGGAAAUUUGUUAGCUUCAGUAGAAGAGCCUUUUUGGGCUGGACAUGUCUCUGAAUCUAUUAACUUGACAGUCCCUUCAUGUUCUGAUCCAGGUCCAAGCCAAUCCAUGCCUACAAUUCCCCACCCAAUGCCUACAAUUCCCCAAAUGAUGCCUCUUCUCACAGGAAGGCAAGAUAUGAGGUCUGUGAGGUUAAAGGCAACAUAUGGGAACACCACAAUAAAAUUCCCUCUCCCGUCUGGAUUUAGUGAACUGAAAGAAGAAGUGUCGAAGAGACUGGAGUUCGAGCGUGGUAGUUUCAAACUUGAGUAUAAAGAUGAAGAAGGGGACUCAGUGUUAAUAGCUUGUGACGAGGAUGUAUGGGAUUAUCUGCGACUCCUCAUCUCAAUGGGAAAUCAAGUAGUCAAACUAUUUGUUCUUGAUAAGGUUCCUAAUACCACAAAUUUUUGUGAUAACCGUGGAUGUGAUAACUGCAGAUCAUUGAAGUGUAAAAGACCAUAGGUAUGUUUAGUUGCAGAAUAGUAUUACAUGGUUGACACUAGUUCCAUGUUCUUUGUGUAACAGGACAUUUUCUUGCCAGAUUUUCCUCUGCUAAACCAGAAUAGUUCCAGUAGUGCUGCAUUCGGUAGGGCCUCUCAUUGUUUUGGCCUAGGUUUUACCUAAAUUUAGCUGGUGAUGUUUGUUUG